ACUGCAUUUUAGUAUCUUACAUUAGAACGCGAUUUAGAGACGGGUGUUCUUUUUAUUCCACCAAGUGUCGAAGAUGUCGAAUUUGGUUGUUAAACCGUUUGAUGGUGAAUACGGGAAAAAGUUUGAUAAGAUUGUCGGUGUGGAAAAUGCCUUGUACGAAUUUCCUGGAAAGUGUUUAUUGCCACCGUUUUUUGUUGACGAUGCCAAAAGGAUUUUGAAUGCGACUGUUAGGGAGGAUGAUGUUUGGUUAAUAAGUUUUCCUAGGACAGGGUCCACUUGGUGCCAAGAGAUGAUUUGGCUGAUCUCAAACAAUCUGGACUUCGAAACGGCCCAAAAAGUACCACAGCAGUACCGUGCUCCACUUAUAGAAAUGUCCACUGUUCUUUAUGAAUUUGCCGACUCCAUAAAAGAUCUAUUGUCCACAUCAAACGCCAUAGAUUUCGUGGAAAAUAUGCCCUCGCCGAGGUUUAUUAAAAGCCAUUUACCACUCCAGUUGCUUCCUUCCGAAUUGGACAAGAUAAAACCAAAAGUUGUUUAUACGUUAAGGAAUCCAAAAGAUAUGUGCGUGUCCUACUAUCAUCAUUGUCAGAUGUUCCACAACUUGUCCAUGCCGUUCGAAACGUUUUGCGAUUUCUUCAUGCACGAUGCCCUUCCCAUUGGUUCCGUCUGGAAUCACUAUCUGAGCUUUUGGAACAAACGACACGAAACCAACAUUUUAGUGCUCAAGUACGAAGACAUGAAGAAGGAUCUUAGAGGAACGCUGAGAAAAAUAGCAAACCAUCUAGACAAAGAUUUAAGUGAAAGGGACAUAAAUUCACUUUGUGAUUUUCUCAGCGUUAAAAACAUGAGAGAGAACAAAGGAUGUAACCUGCAAGGUUUCAUAGAUAAGCAGAAAGGAUCCAACUAUUACAAAAGGUCAGGAGAACACUUCAUCAGGAAAGGAAUCGUUGGUGAUUGGAGGAACUACAUGUCGCCAGAGCUAUCAGAGAAGUUUGACAAGUGGAUUGAAGAAAACACCAGAAAUACAGAUUUGACGUUCGACGAAUAAACUUUUAAAAAUCGAUUAUAGUUAAUAAACUGACAUAAUUUGUAGGUACAAAUUGUGCUGGUUCUCUUCGAUUUUGCUACCUCAAUACUUUGGUACAAAAUUUAAUAUAUGAUUUAGGUGUUAGUUCAGUAUUUUAGUCUAUAUUAGAUGUGUGAUGUUUAUAGAUUGAUUAUAAUACAAAUAAAUAUUAAACUUCAAAGUUUACCAUAUCGUUGAAAUAUAAUAAAUAAAUAGGA